AUCCUAUGGAGCCUGGGCGAGGUACGGGUAAAGCGCCAUCUGCAGGGGAAGAGGAAAAGUCCAAAAAGUCAACGACAACGGGGACUUCUGGAGAUUCUACAAAGCCUUUGUUGAGCACAAGCGGGGAAUCAACAGAAGUAAGCUCAGGGGCACCCAAGUCUGAGACAGCUACAUUAACAGAAGGUUUCUCCUUCAAGACCGGUGUGGGUGGAGGCUACGGUAAACUGACACUUGAGAAGGACGUAAAGUCCAAACAGCCAGGAGGAUCAACAACUCCAGUCACUGAGCGGCCUUUGCUAAAAGAAGGAGGGAGGCCAUCAGAGGUAACUUCAGGGAAACCACGGAAGUCAGGGAGUGUUCCAUCAACCGCGGAAGGUUUACCCAUCAAGACUGGUGAGGGCAAAGGCUACGGUAAAUUGAGACCUGAAAAGGACGAGACGCCCAAACAGCCAGCAGGAUCGACGACCCCAAUCUCGCAGAGGCCCUUGCUAAAGGAAGGAGGCAGGCCAUCAAAAGAAACUUCAGGGAAACCACAGGAGCCAGGGAGUGUUCCAGUAACCACGGAGGGUUCGUGA